AUUUUCUGUUUCUAUAAAAAAUAAAGAGAAGAAAGACUAGAAAAGGAAAAAGAAAAUGAGCAAAACAGUAAGCUAACAGAUGAUGUAAGCAAAGGGUUUAAGGAAUAAGGAGUAGGAAUCAUAUCAUACAUAACCUGAAACCCUAAAUUCAAUUCAUGAUGGAACUUCAUACUCUUUGUUGCGCUCUUCCCUCUCAACCACUUCAUUUUUCCAAACAUCACUCACAACCAAUUGGAACUCGCUCUCUAUUCAGAUAUCAGACACAGAAAUUUGGGUUUGCCAAUGCGUCUAAAUGCUUGAAACGGGUGAUUAAAGAGCCUUCACUUUUGGGAUUGAACAAAUUCCAAAGAAGGACUCUUACACAUGCUUCUGAUUCUACUGUAAAUGGUGCCUUGGAAGUUCAUCCAAACCAAAGUUCUAGUGUUUUUGUUAAUAAUGGGGUGGAACCAUUUCACGGUAAAUCAGGUUCUGUCUCUUUUUAUGGGUUGACAUACCAGUCAGUAGAAGAAGGAAAAUUGGAAUCUGCUCCUUUCAAACAAGAAGAGAGCUCUUACUUAUGGGUUUUGGCUCCCGUUGCCUUCAUAUCAUCUCUGAUUCUUCCACAGUUCUUCAUUGGCACUAUUGUUGACGCUUUCUUUAAUGGUUUGAUUUUAAAAGAUAUUGUGACUUUGUUCGCUUCUGAGGCACUAUUCUAUAUCGGACUUGCAACAUUUUUGCAGGUGGCUGAUCGUGUCCAGAGGCCAUACUUGCAGUACAGCUCUAAAAGAUGGGGUCUCAUCACUGGCCUCAAAGGAUACAUAACCUCUGCUUUCCUCACAACGGGUUUGAAGAUUACUGCUCCUCUCCUUCUUUUAUACGUGACCUGGUCGGUGGUUCACAUGGCUGCGAUUGUUGCUAUUGCUCCCUUUUUAGUUGGCUGUGUUGCUCAAUUUGCAUUUGAGAGAUAUUUGGAAAAACGUGGGUCAUCCUGUUGGCCUCUAGUCCCUAUUAUAUUUGAGGUAUACAGACUGUACCAGCUUACGAGAGCCGCUCAUUUUGCCGAGAAGUUGAUGUACUCAAUGAAGGAGCUACCGGUGUCACCUGAAAUACUAGAAAGAAGUGGAGCUUUGUUUGGAAUGAUGGUGAUCUUUCAGUUACUGGGAAUUGUGUGCCUUUGGUCAUUGAUGACUUUUCUUUUGAGGCUAUUCCCUUCUAGGCCAGUAGCAGAAAAUUACUGAGUUUAGUAUGGAAUAGUGAAGAUUGUUGUAUAUAUUCGGAGUGGAUAACAUUUUGUAAGGAGAGCAUCACUAGUUGAUUAACUUCAAUGCAGGCUUUUCAUAAAAGUUGUGUCAUUGUAAUUCAUUUUGUUUUAGUUUCUUGAGCACAGUAUCAUCAGUUACCAGGAAAAUGAAGGGUGUAGUAUGUGAAAUGGCCUAUUUGGUUACGGCCAAAAUCACAUUAGGCCAGAAAAAUUGAUUUGCACACUGAGACAAGUUUAUUGGCUAA